AAAAGUCCAACGUUGCAACAACUCGCCCGUAGAAAAAGAUUAAAAGGCAAACAAGAAAGAAAAACACGACUCCUUCCUCUCAUCAUCUCAGAAACAUCCACAGAGAGAGAGAGAGAGAGAGAGAGAUUGAUCAUGGACCAGAUGGGUUUGAAGAGAUCUGAGGUAUCGUUCAGGAGGCAAGGAUCGUCGGGGCUUGUUUGGGACGACAGGUUCCUGUCGGGCGAGCUGAACAAGAUCGUGAAGCAACACGAGCAAGAGCAAGAGCAAGACAGAGACAACAAGCUCCGCCGCGACCAGGACGACAGGGACGCCACCCGGCCACCAAAGAUCAGCGUGACCCCAGCUCUGGAGAGGAGCCAGUCCAACGGCGGCGGCGGGGGAGGCGGAGGACGAGGCUACCGCGCCUCCACCGGGAGGGUGUCCCCGGCGGUGGAGCCGCCGUCCCCGAGGUUAUCCGCGUGCGGGUUCUGCAGCGCUUUCAGAAAGCCGCCUGCUAAUGCUCAUCACAACAAGACCAGGAAGCACGCUAACAAGAACGGCAAGCGUAAGACCAGAUGAAUCUCCAUCUUUUCUUACCCUUUUAGGACUUUCUCAAUUGUGAAUUCUAGGAGAUGUUCGGGUUCUUGUGGUGGAGGUAGGGACGGUCUGGUCAUUCUGCCUGAUCUUAUCGCGAGUGAGGUUGAGGUUUUUUGGGACAACAUUUGGAGAUUGAAAGUGCUUUUUUCUUUCAUUUUCUUCUCUUUUUCUUUGGCUGUGUAUAUUGUUUUAGUUGCUCCUUAUACAGUGCUAUUUCAAUGUUCAA